CUAAAGCAGGGACUACCGGGCUCGAUCCGCCGCUUCUCCACCCGGCUGCUCUCUUUUUUUUUUGGACGUCUGCGAUGGCGGAACAGCAGCAGUUCUUCAUCUUGCUGGGCAACCUCAUCAACCCUGACAAUAAUGUCAGAAAGCAAUCCGAGGAGACCUAUGACACCAUCCCUGGUCAGACAAAGAUCACGUUCCUGCUCCAGGCUAUCAGAGAGCCAACUGCCGCAGAGGAGGUGCGACAGAUGGCAGCAGUGCUCCUGCGACGGCUCCUGUCAUCCUCCUUCGAAGAUAUCUACCCAGGCCUGACACUGGAGAUGCAGACUGCCAUCAAAAUAGAGCUUCUGGCCAGCAUCCAACAGGAGACUUCGCCCAACAUCCGCAAGAAAGUCUGCGACAUUGCAGCAGAGUUGUCUCGCAACCUUAUUGAUGACGAUGGGAACAACCAGUGGCCGGAGGCACUCAAAUUUCUGUUUGACUCUGUUAACUCUGACAACGUUGGCCUGCGAGAAGCUGCCUUACACAUUUUCUGGAACUUCCCGGGGAUCUUCGGCAACCAGCAACAGCAUUACAUGGACGUCAUCAAGCGCAUGCUUGUUCAGUGCAUGCAGGACCAAGCAAACCCGCAGAUCCGCACACUGGCAGCCCGAGCUGCUGCCUCCUUUGUUCUGUCUAAUGAAAGCAACACAGCCCUGCUGAAGCAUUUUGCUGACCUACUGCCAGGCAUACUGCAGGCAGUGAAUGAGUCCAGCUACCAAGGAGACGACUCUGUCCUCAAAUCGUUGGUGGAGAUUGCAGACACAGCACCGAAAUAUCUGAGACCUCACUUGGAGGCCACUCUGCAGCUCAGCCUGAAGCUUUGUGCAGAUACCAACUUGACGAAUAUGCAGAGACAAUUAGCGUUGGAAGUCAUCGUCACUUUAUCAGAGACUGCAGCAGCCAUGCUGAGGAAACACACCACACUCGUAGCUCAGAGCGUGCCCCAGAUGCUGGCUAUGAUGGUGGACUUGGAGGAUGAUGAUGACUGGGCCAUGGCUGAUGAGCUGGAAGAUGAUGACUUUGACAGUAAUGCUGUUGCAGGAGAAAGUGCCCUGGACAGAAUUGCCUGUGGUCUGGGAGACAAGAUUAUUUUGCCCCUUAUUAAGCAUAACAUCAUGCAGAUGCUCCAGAACACUGACUGGAAGUACCGCCAUGCUGGACUGAUGGCGUUGUCGGCCAUUGGUGAAGGCUGCCACCAGCAGAUGGAGGCUACCCUUAAUGAGAUUGUUGGCGUUGUACUUCUAUUCUGUGCUGACCCACAUCCAAGGGUGCGGUACGCUGCCUGCAAUGCUAUUGGACAAAUGGCCACAGACUUUGCACCAACCUUCCAAAAGAAGUUCCAUGAUAAGGUGAUUUCAGCACUGCUUCAGACCAUGGAGGACCAGAGUAACCCCCGAGUUCAGGCGCACGCUGCUGCAGCCCUCAUUAAUUUCACAGAAGACUGCCCCAAAUCUUUGCUUAUCCCUUAUCUGGACAACUUGGUGCAGCACCUUCAUGGCAUCAUGGUGGCCAAGCUGCAAGAAUUGAUUCAGAAGGGCACCAAACUGGUCCUGGAACAGGUGGUGACCUCAAUUGCGUCCGUGGCGGACACGGCAGAAGAAAAGUUUGUCCCGUACUACGACCUGUUCAUGCCCUCACUCAAGCAUAUCGUGGAAAACGCUCUGCGAAAGGAGCUGCGACUGCUCCGAGGCAAGACCAUCGAGUGCAUCAGCCUCAUCGGCCUCGCUGUUGGCAAGGAGAAGUUCAUGCCAGACGCCUCUGCGGUCAUGCAGCUGCUCCUCAAAACCCAGACUGACUUUAAUGAUUUGGAUGACGACGAUCCGCAAAUCUCCUACAUGAUCUCAGCCUGGGCCAGGAUGUGUAAGAUCUUGGGGAAGGAGUUCCAGCAGUAUCUACCGGUGGUAAUGGGCCCUUUGAUGAAGACCGCCUCCAUCAAACCUGAGGUGGCGCUCCUUGACACCCAGGAUAUGGAGAACAUUUCAGAGGAUGAUGGCUGGGAGUUUGUCAACCUUGGAGAUCAGCAGAGUUUUGGCAUCAAGACUGCCGGCUUGGAAGAGAAGUCCACUGCCUGCCAGAUGCUGGUGUGUUAUGCCAAAGAGCUAAAGGAGGGUUUUGUGGAGUACACGGAGCAGGUGGUGAAGCUGAUGGUUCCUCUGCUGAAGUUCUACUUCCAUGAUGGUGUGCGGGUGGCGGCAGCAGAGUCCAUGCCGCUGCUGUUGGAGUGUGCGCGGGUUCGAGGCCCCGAGUACCUCACCCAAAUGUGGCUCUUCAUGUGCGAUGCCCUCAUCAAGGCCAUCGGUACCGAGCCAGACUUGGACGUCCGCUCCGAGAUAAUGCAUUCGUUUGCCAAGUGUAUCGAGCUGAUGGGAGAUGGAUGUCUGAACAACGAGCAUUUUGAGGAGCUGGGUGGCAUUUUGAAAGGGAAGCUUGAGGAGCAUUUUAAGAACCAGGAACUGAGGCAUGCCAAGAGACAGGAUGAGGACUAUGACGAGCAGGUGGAGGAAUCGUUACAAGAUGAGGAUGAGAACGAUGUGUACAUCCUCACCAAAGUGUCGGACAUCCUGCACUCUGUGUUCAGUAGUUACAAAGAGAAGGUGCUGCCUUGGUUUGAGCAGCUGCUGCAGCUCAUUGUCCAGUUGAUAUGUCCCAACAGGCCGUGGGCUGACCGGCAGUGGGGGUUGUGUAUAUUUGAUGACGUGGUGGAGCACUGCAGCCCGUCUUCCUUCAAAUACGCCGAGUAUUUCCUGCAGCCCAUGUUGCAAUCUCUGUGCGACAACAGCCCCGAGGUUCGGCAAGCGGCCGCCUACGGCGUCGGCGUUAUGGCGCAAUACGGCGGAGAGAGCUACCGCCCGUUCUGCACAGAAGCCAUCCCCUUGCUGGUCCGAGUCAUCCAGGCGACCGACUCGCGCCUCAAGGAGAACGUCAACGCCACAGAAAACUGCAUCUCUGCCGUCGGAAAGGUGAUGAGGUUCCGGCCCGAGUGUGCAAACGUCAAUGAAAUCCUUCCUCACUGGAUCAAAUGGUUACCUCUCAACGAGGACAAAGAGGAGGCCGUGCACACCUUUGACUUCCUGUGUGACCUCAUUGAAAGCAACAAUCCCAUCGUCCUCGGACCAGACAACUCCAACCUGCCCCGCCUCUUCCUCAUCAUCGCCGACGGCGUGGCGAACGAGUCUGUGAAGAGCGAAGACGCCUGCAGCAAACGUCUGGCCAACGUCAUCCGUCAAGUGCAGGUGUCGGGGGGGCUGUGGGCCCAGUGCAUAUCAACACUGAAUGAGAGUCAGCAGAAAGCCAUACAGGAUCUACUGAAUGCUGCAUGAACCUUCUGGUCACACCCCCGACCUUCACAAAGCCCCUGAAGUAAAGUUGACUUCAUACACUCCUCCUCUCCACCUGCAGAGUGCGUAUGGACACUGGCCUCCCCUCCCCUCCCCUCCCCCACCCCGCCCGCCUGGCCCAAUGUACAUCCCACACUCAACAGACUGGAGGGUGCAAACACGGAGACCCUGAUGACAUCAUAGUCUCAUCCCCUUUAGCUAGAUGUUUGUUUCCAACCAUUCCCCUCAAUGUGACUUGUCCCGGGUCAAGAGACACAAACUCACCAAUUGGGAUGGGAGGGGGUGAUAUAUUUGGGAGGAAGGGUACAGGACCUGGUUUUGGACUGCACACAUGAUUCAUGAAUGAGGUGACGAUGCACACUGGGCAAACACUGCCUGUCUCCUGUGAAUUUUAUCAUUUUUUUUCUUUUUUUGCUCCCAUUAACCUGAGGGAAGACGGCUUCCGGCAGAGGAGAUGUUUGCGGAGUAACGGCAUGUUUAAGUGGCUAACUAGUGAAUAUACUUCCUGGGGGGGAAGAUUCAAUGGUGACUUUUAAGCAGCUUUUUUUCCAUAGCCUUCCAAUUCGAUCAGAGGAUUUUUGUCUGAACCAGUAAGCCUCACUUGUAGGUAGCGAUGGGUAAAAAAAUAUCAUGGUCGGAGGAUAAAGACUUGUAGAGUUUGUGAGCGUGCCAUUAUACGCGCGACUGUAUGCUGUGACCCUGACCGUGCGGCAGGGAUGUGAUGGCGUUUCAAAAAGUACAAACAAUAAAAGUGCAAAACAUUGAAA